AUGGGUCUAGGGGCUCGAGUGUUCUCCUCAGAAGAUGCCUAUAGCUUUGGAGCCUACGGCGUUCAAAAUCUGUUUCUCCUCCUUGGACCAACGCUAUGCAUGUUUACCGUCAAUCUCACACAAGUGAAAAUGAUGCGCUGUUUGAAGUCCGAGAAUCUGGGUCUGCUCCCUACCCAAUUACGACUCCCUAUCUACCUCGCUUCCAACAUUGUCCUUUUUCUACUUCAGGGCACCGGUGCUAUGAUUCUUGCUCUGACCCAUAAGGCUACACUCAUUGAGUCUGCAGCGAAUAUUCUCACGGCGAGUUAUGUAUGCCAGAUGGUUUUUUGGAUAUUCACUCUUGUGGAGAAUAUAUUCUGGACUGUUCGAUUUGGACGACCCUCGUUCGCCAAUAUCCAACUCAUGAUGCCUCAUUGGAAACUUUAUAAUCAGUUGUUUGGUCUUGCAAUCUCGAUUAUUGCUAUUGGUCGCAAUUUGAUGCGACUGACACAGCUUGGGAUGGGAUCCGAUGGAUUUUUGGCAGCCAAUGAGUGGCCCAGUUAUGCAUUUGACUACUAUCAGACGGCAGUUGUUCUCAUGGCAUGGGGGAUCUUCUACCUGCCAGGGAUUUGCAAGGAAAUUGAGUUUAAACAUGUGCAUCAGGUGUUUCAACAUUCCGAGUGUUGA